GGUAUGACAGGAGAAAGUGUCACCAUUCGUGUUGAAAACAUAGUAAUCAGCAGGGUAGGGGGUCCUGCACUAUGGCAACCAGUCUGUAAACUAACAUGGCGGACGAAGCUAAACAGGAGGAAGCAGUAAAUACUGAGGACCCGGCACCAGCAGACACACCAGCAGUUCCAGAGGACCAGGCAGCAGCAGAGGCACCUGCACAGCCUGAUGGGACACCUCCAAAUGAAGAUGCACCAGCUGCAAUAGGAGAAACACCUGCAGAAGGGGAGGUGGCAACAGAUGGAACAGCCGCUGAUGGAGAUGACGCUGGGACAGAGACUACUGCACCUGAACCUGGGGCAGAGACUACUGCACCUGAACCUGGGGCAGAGACUACUGCACCUGAACCUGGGACAGAGACUACUGCACCUGAAUCUGGGGCAGAGACUACUGCACCUGAACCUGGGGCAGAGACUGCAGCACCUGAACUUGGGACAGAGACUACAGCACCUGAAGCUGAGGCUUCAGCACCCGAGACAGAUGUAGCAGCGGGUGAAACUGGGGAGGGUGCAGGGCAGGAGGCAGCAGAGCCUCCAGCUGAGCAGACAGAUGGAGAGGCCCAGCCUGUUGCAGCCUCUGCCGAGGGAACAGGUGAAACACAGCUGGAUGGUGGGGGAAAUGCUGCUGCUGCAGAAGGAAAGGCUGAGGAGGAUGGUGAAAAGAAAGCCCAGUCACCCAUACCUCAGAGUGAUACCUUUGUGGAAGGUGAGGCUGAAGAGCCCCCCGUGCUGGUCAGUGAGAAGUUAUCAAGAGAAGGGAGUCCUGUGGACCAACAGAAGGUAGUGGAGACACCUGUACCACUGGAGCCAGGCACACCUGAGAGGCCAGCCUCUCCUGUAUUCGAGGGAGAGAUGGAGGAUGGGGAGAUAGGGGAUGAAGAGGAGGAGGAGGAGGAACUGGAGCCAGAGUUUGACAGAGAUGAACUAGUGGAAAAAUACCAGGCUGCCUUGGCUGUGAGAGAGCGGUUACACCAGCAGAGUGCACAGCUUCAGCAUAAACUAGCUGAGUACUUCAGGAAAAAAAAGACUGAUGAGAGCAGACAAGACAUGGACAAAAAUGUCACGGACCAGGAGCAGAGAUACCUUAAAUACAUGUCUAACCUGGAGGAGCUGCAUCAUCAGGAGGUUGUAGAGCAGGACCUGUACCAGCAGCAGAUAGAGGACCUGUUAGAGCGGCGCCAGGACAAGGAGAGAAAGGCUGUGGAGGAGUGGGAGCGAUAUCAGGCCUUCAAGAGAGAAGUGGCUCUCACGGCUGUUAACAGCAGGUCGGGAAAGCCUGUUGCUCCCAAGGAUAUCGAGCAGAUCCAGUUGAAUGAAACAAAGAAAGAGCAGGAGGUGGCAGCUGUGCGGCUGGAGAACAUCAAGCUGAAGAACCAACUGAAGAAAAGAGAACUGCAACUCAAACAGAAGGAGGAGUUGGCAGAGGGGCUGCACCUCAUCGAUUUUGAACAACUCAAAAUUGAAAACCAAACCUACAAUGAGAAAAUAGAAGAGAGGAACGAGGAGCUCCUUAAGCUGCGGAAGAAGAUCACAAGCACGGUGCAGGUGUUGACACACCUGAAGGAGAAGCUGCAAUUUGUGCAGGCAGAGAACCAUGUGCAGAAAGGCAAGCUGCGGGAGGUGGAGGAACUUGUUGCCAAGAAAAGAGACAUUUUGUCAAGAACCAAGCAGGCAAGAGAUGCCCUGCGCAUUGACAACAUGAGGCUGCGUCAGAAGUCAGGAUUGCUGGGGAACGAACCCCUCCUGCGGGAUUAUGAGGAGAGGAGGGAUGAAGGGGACGGCCUGAAGUUCAGACUAGAAAGUCUGAAGAUGAAACAUACAGAGCUGACAAUGGACCUUAAUGGAGUAAAGAGGAAGAUUGACCAAGUUCGUUCAACAAGAAUGUAAUCAACAGGAUGCUACAAUAACAUAGCUAAGCAUGUUUGUUACUGUACUUUCUGUAGACACAAAACAUUGUAACAUUGUACAUAUCUUAGGGGUCAGGGUCACUUUGAAAAAUCAUGCCGAGCCACAGUUGCAGUGCUUCACUGAAGUGUGAAGUUCACUCAGUAUCUUCCACAAUCUGAGCAAAUGUUAACAUUAAGGAAAGUGUCAUGUGAAAUAAAGGUGGCUACAAAUUAGAAUGGGUACAUUGUACCUUCCAGUAUGAACAUUAAGCUAAUAGCCAUUUGAGCAUCCACUGAGGUCCACAUGGACCCCAAAUGAAGAUGAAUCAUAAAAUUCUAUGAAAGCCAGUUAUAUUUUGUAUCUGCAUAGUGUGGAGUGACAACCUAUAUGCACGUUUACAGAAUCUGCGUUCCCAUGCAUGUGCAGCAAUAGGAAUUGUGGGUAUUAUGUCAAAGGUUUAGGCCCCUGGACAUUGUUGUACAAAUCAAGCCAAUGGUCAAGACAAGAUCUAUUGAGUUUGACAUGACCAACAAUUUCUGUUGCUGCAAGCGGAACGGUGAACAUGCUUAUUUGGUGAAAAAAUAUCUACAGCAGAUUUUGUACCACUGAAGAUAUUACUGGGACCCCCAAUAAUAACAUAGUACAUGAAUGAGGAAUACAUGUCCUAUAGUGGUCCUGCACUUAUUGGUAUCAAAUCUAGCAUAUCUAGUUAAUUAAGCAUUUUGAGUAUACAUGUGUAUGUCACCCUUUGUACUCUAUCGAAUGCAAAAUGUAUAAUUCAACCAUUAGCAUGGCAAGUUCCAGGUUGUGCUGUUUGAGCCUGAAUUAGCAUCGCUUAUGUUUGCUGUUGUUCGAUGUGAAUUAUCUUCCAACUGUCGCAGGUAUCAAAUUCCUGUCAUUUAGUGAUUUACUACUAUGGAAUCAGAACAUGGCAAAGGUAAGAAUACAUGUAUUGAGGGGUGUUGCAUGUUGACAUGUGAAACUUAAUUAUACAUUUAUUCAACUGGAACUCCAAACAUCAUAUAUAUAGUAACUAAUCUAUGAUCUAUGAAGUAUAAAGCAGCCAAGUACUGGUUUUCUGCCUUCAUUUACUGUUAAUUUCAAAUAUUUGCAGAUGUUUAUGUUUGCAUUUUUCAUGGUGACCUCUCCACAAAAACAUUGCAAACACAGGUUUUCUGUCUGUAAUGCACCUCUGACUUAUUUAGUACCAGUUACCGUAUAUCCAUUUGUAUACAGUGAAUAUACAAAGUUUAUUUUUGCUUGGGUUUUCUAUAAAAUGUGUGAACUCAGCUUUUAAUCUUAAUCUUAAUACAUAAAAUCUUUGGACAGAAAAUCCCAAAAAUCCAAAGGAACAAAAUGAAAAAAAAAA